AUGGCAACACUAGUGCUUGAAAUGCUCAGGCUAACACUGCCUUGCAACCUGAUGACCAAACAUCUACUCCAAGAUAGCAAAAGAAUCCAGAAACUGCAGAUUCUUGUGGACUGCAGUGGAGAUGACAAUGAAGAAAAGAAUCCAGAAACUGCAUUUUCAAACAAGAAAUCAGCACUUUUAAAGAUUAUCGAGGAAACUCCUGUUCGCAAAACAAUUAUUUUCUGCAACAAGAUUGAGACAUGUAGAAAGGUUGAGAAUGCGCUGAGGCGGGUUGACAGGAAAGCUUCGCAGAUCAAAGUUCUCCCCUUCCAUGCUGCGUUGGAUCAGGCCCAGCGCAUCGCAAACAUCAAGGAGUGCCUGAACAAGCAAACGGCUGACUCCAUGUUCCUCGGCAUCGCGGGGCAUCGACUUUGCAAACGUGAACCAAGCGAGUACGUGCGGCGCGUUGGGCGGACGGUUCGCGGUGCGUCUGGCAACGGCAAGGCAUUCGUGUUUGCGGUGGGCAAGCAGGUGUCCCUGGCCAGGAGGGUGAUGGAGAGGAACAUGAAGGGGCACCCGCUGCACGACGUGCCGUGCGUCUAG